GUCACAUGUUGAUAAAAGCUGUCUGCUUGCAGGAAAUAUACUUUGAUCUAUAUUGUAUACUUCUUAUCCUGUACUGACAACACUGGUAUUUGCCAUUAUGAAGUGAAGUAUACGUUUAAAUGUUAUUGGCGUAUCUGAAAAUGACAGUUCUGUUGUGAUUUCUCUGAUGUGACCGAAGUUAUCUGUGUGCAUUUCGACAUUCUGACAAGCCGAAUGAUUCUGAUUGUAGCUGAUUAGUGAUCACAGUUCUCAAUCUCAGAUUGCGGAUAACACGAUCGGAAUCGUGUCAACGUCACAGUUCAUCUCCGAUUUUCAGACGGAUUUAGUAAUUGGCCGUUACCAAAAUGGAGCAAAAGAGAAACUGGAUAGGAUUGUUUCUCCUUGGGACAAUCAACAAUCUACCAUAUGUUAUUGUCAACUCCGCUGCCAGCACCAUUGCAGACAGUUUUAAUGAGAGCAACUUUGUGGGCCUAGUGUUUGGAGCUAAUGUGGCACUGUCCGCAGUUGUCAAAGGCCUCAACACAUUUUUUCUCCUGAAGGUACCGUUCAGGUACAGGUUUAUGGUGAAUGGGUGUCUCAUGUUAAUCGGUUUGAUUGGAGUGGCGUUCUCCUCCAGUUUUGGAAUAGCCUUGGCUUGCAUUGUGGUGGUGGGAUCCAGUGCUGCCUUUGGGGAGAAUGUGACCCUGGGCUUCCUGUCUCAGUUCCGCAAGCUGGUCAACGCCUGGUCCAGUGGUACCGGCAUGGCUGGUCUCCUCGGGUCAUCUAUAUACAUCAUAUUUGGUUGUACCGUGGGCAAUGGAAGCGACAAGACCAGCAAGCUCCACACCCUCACCAAAUAUGCGUUUCUCCUGACGACUCCUGUCGUGUUGAUCUACUGGGUGGCCUAUUUCGUCAUUGUUCGAGUACCGAAGCCAUCAUCGUCAUCUCUGUCUGUACCUGAACCGGAGAACGAGACAGUUGACGAGAAGACUCCCAUUAUACAGCACUCUGAGCCAGUGACAGAUCUGGAUGGGGAGGCUGAGAGCCCUGAUGCGGAGCAUACUGAGGAGACUGCGCUGAGACGUAUCUGGAGAUGCUUGAAGCUCGUCAGCUGGAUGGCCUUCAAUCUGGCUGCGGUGUAUGUGUUCGAGUACAUCGCAAGGGGAUGUGCUGCCAAGGUCCGACCCAAGUCGGAGUACAACGUGGGAUGUCCCGAGCUGUAUGCCGCACUCCAGCUCUGUUAUCAGGCCGGUGUGUUUGUGUCGAGGUCAUCUGUACAGCUGGUUCAGAUACAAAGGGUGGAAGUCCUCUCGGCCUUACAAUUCAUCAAUAUGAUCAUCUGGAUAAUUGAUGUGCAUUACAAGUUCCUGCCGGUGGCGGUAUUGCCAGCAUUCAUGGUGUAUGUGGGGCUGCUGGGCGGCGCCUCCUACGUCAACAUCUUCUACAUCCUGCUCCACAGCCAGCGCUUCCCAGCCAAAGACAAGGAACUGUGCAUCAACCUCACUGCUCUGUUCAUCACAAUCGGAAUAUGCAUCGGAACUGGUUUGGAGACAGCAUUAUUCACAACACUUUUGAAGAACGACUAGGAUUGACUGCUGUCCAAAGUUUUCAGCUGUGUGACAAAUGCUGAGAGGAUGAGGCCAGUAUGGACCAUGUUGGUAUACUCGCACCUGGAUACACUCACUUUGUCAGAACCACUCAGGCCAAAACACAGCUUCGUCAGGAAGCCAGCCUCACGUACAAUCACCCUUUAUCAACCCACCCCUGCCAUCAUCUUCCCCUGAGGGGUGGUGGAACAGCCUAGUGGUUAAAUCGUUUGCACUCGUCACACCGAAGAUCCAGUUCGAAUACCCACAUGGGUACAAUGUGUGAAGCUCAUUUCUGGUGUCACCCAACGUGAUAUUGCUAGAAUAUUGCUAAAAGCGGCGUAAAACUAAACUCUCUCAUCUUCCUGUGUACAUCGCUGUCAUCUGGAAGGAUGUGCAAUAGAGACUCUACAGACUAACUAUUAUAUGGACAGUGUGCAGUUAAUCAGACAGGUUUUGUCACCAAAAGUUGAUAUUGCUUUAACUGUAUAUUAUUUAAUUAUUUAUGAUUUCAUAGAGUCUUACCUCUUUUAGAAAAUAUCUUUUAAAUAUCAAAUUAUAUUUUUUGUUGCUGUGUUAUUCUAAACUGAAUGAUUUGGUAAUACACAUGUAACAAGAUAAGUGACGUCAGAAAGGUAAACUUUCAGGUGUGUUCAUUUUAUGUAUUUAUAAAUUGCUUGAAGGAAAAAUAAUUCCGACCUUUCUUCUCAUGUUCCAUAUACCCGUGAAGGUCCGGGUUAGAAUAUUGAUCUUCAGUAACCCUUGCUUGUGGUAAGAGGCGACUAACGGGAUCGGCUGGUCAGGCUCGCUGACUUGGUU